UCUCGAAAACUAUUUACAUGCACCAUUAACUAUUUCACUCGAUUUUCUUGGUAUUUUUUUUUAUUAAAGUUUUUUUAUUUUGGUUUAGUUGUGACGUAGAAGUGUGAGAGAUUAUGCGUCUUUCAAAGAAAAUUCGAUGGCUGGAUCCUUUGUAAAGGCGUUAUAUGACUAUAGUUCCAUUCAAGCAACUGACCUCAACUUCAAAGCUGGCGACAAAAUCAAAGUGUUAGACUAUGUGGAUGAGAAUUGGAUUAAGGGGGAACUUGGGGGAAACAAGGGACUGUUUCCCUCGAACUUUGUAGAAGUACUUUCAAAUCCCUCAAUCAAUGACCAGGCAUAUUCUAAUGUAUCUACAAUCCCCACAACAACCGUUGUUGCAAAUGACACAUACAUCAGUGGAGAAGAUGGUGUCUUAACUUUCUUUGUUGGUGAUCAAUUGGUUUUUUUGGAGCGUGUCGAUGAUUACUGGUCUUUAGGUAAACUUGCUGAUGAAAUUGGUUAUUUUCCUUCACAUUUAGUGAAUGGAUUGCCUUCACCUUCGACAUCAACAGAAACAUCAGGAAAUUACCAAAAUCUGCUAAAUACUAGAGAUAGUAAAGUCAAUCAAUUGACCUUGAUCAAAGAAUCAAAUGUCUUUGCUCCAUCCCUUUUAAGUCCACAUGUGAGAACUCUUUUUAAUUUUGAAGGCGUGACAAAAUUUGAACUGAGUUUUCCUGCAGGAGAAAUUAUUUAUAUCACCAAAGACAUUAAUGAUGAAUGGUAUGAGGGUAACUACAAUGGCAUACAGGGAAUUUUUCCUAAAAAUUUUGUUGAAGUUCUUGUACCAUUGCCUACUGAUUGUAAUGAAGGGUUUGAAAAAAUCAAUAAGGACAACAUAGAACACAUGGAAUCAACUAAGUAUGAGGUUAGAAAUCCUGAAGUGCCCUAUGCUAUUGCAAUUUAUCCUUUUGUUGGGGAGACAUUAUCUGAUUUAUCCUUCAAAAAAGGUGAUAUAAUAACUCUUCACAAUUGGGUGAGUGCUGAAUGGAUGCAAGGAGAAUGUAAUGGAUUGGUUGGAAUAUUUCCUUCUACUUUUGUGGAUGUUAAAGUAAAACUUCCACAUGACUUUGAAAAUGAUGUUUUUUUGAAUCAUAAUGUCUCAAAUGCAGAAAUUAGGAACACUGUUUUUAAGAUUGGUGACCAGGCAAAAGCAAUUUAUAGUUAUUCUACAGGCAAUGAAGGGGAUCUAUGCUUAGAUGUUGGAGACAUUGUUAGGAUAGAGCAGGUCAUUGAUGAAAAUUGGGUGCUUGGAAAGAAAGAUGAUAAUAUUGGAUUGUGUCCUGUAAUCAUCCUGGAAUUAGUGCCUGCAGAAUCAUUUUUUAGUACAUCUUCAGACGAAACUGGAGUAAGUCACAUGGAAGAAAAAAGCAUUUCGCUCAGUCAUUUCAAUGAAGAGAUAACUGAAAUGUUUAAUGUUGACACUGAAAAUGAUUUCGUAUUUGAUGAAAAAAUUAAUAUGAAAACCAUCAAGAGAACAUCCUCUCUUAAUGAUAUAACGGUAGGUGAUGAUAAAAAUGAUUCUUCUUUCUUGUUGUCAUCAGUGAAAAAAUUAAAGAAUUCAAAGGUAACAGAUGGUUUGAUAGAUCAUGGUGAAAGUGAAGAAAGCAUCACUAAAGAUGUGACAUCUCCGUACAGUCAAACUCCCACAAUAAAUAUAUCACAAAGUAGCAAUAGUUUGGAUAGCUCAACCAUGAAGAACACUUCAGCAAAUUCAUUUGUUUCAAUCAGUUCAAAACCAACUGUCUCGCCUAAAUUAGAUGUUAUAGAAGAACCAGGAAAAAAUUGGGUUACAUUUGAAAAUAAGCCAGAGACUUCAAGAUUAUCGAAAGUCUUACCUAAGCGACAUAAACAUGACAAAUCACUCAACAGCAAUGUUGCGAUCUCAUACAAGACUCUGUUGGAAAAGUCACUGGAAGAUGAUAUAUUUUCUUCACCUCCUUCAAUAGAUAACACUGGCUCUCCUUCAACCAUUGACGUAGCUGGUGCAACAUCUAAUGGGGACACUCUAACUACUAAACUACUAGAGCAGGCGGAAGAAUUUGAAAACACCAGUUCAAGACAAAACUCCCUCUCCUUGAACGAGAUGAUAAAAACAACUAUGAAUGGCAAACCAAUACCAACCAAACGACAUCAAGGAUCUGCGCUGUCUUUCACCAAACAAGGUUUUCAUAUUUUGGAUGAUUUGGAGGAACAAAUAAAGAAACAGAUGAAUGAACUAGAGAAAGAAAACCAGACAUUAUUGAAUAUGAAUAUUGUGAUUGAGCAAACAAACGAUGGAACUGUUGUAAGACAGGAAUUGGAGUCAAAGAGGGAGAUAAGUGAAGGGAAAGUCGAACAGUUGAAAAGACAGUUGAAAAUGCUGAAAGAUCGAAAAAAUCGUUUAACAAAAAGUUUGAAUGGAUUCUCGACGCAAGAAGAGAUCGUCUCUAAAAUACAACAACUGAGCAUGAGCAUUGACGAAAAUUCGGAGACAAAACAGAGUCUGUUGAAACAACUUUCUGAAAAUGUCGAAAGAAGUGUUCGUGAAGAAGUUGAGGACAACAUCAAGUUCUGUGAAGAUUCAAUCAAGAACUUGACAUCUGAACUGAGCGCAUUGCAAGAUCUUAAGGAUGAGUUAGAAGGAAAAGUUUCCAAAAGUGAUCUGCAUUCGAUGGAUGUUAGUCGUAGAAAAAAAGUUAUUGAUGAAAUUUUAACAACAGAAACAUCAUUUAGGCAUGAUCUUAAUCUUUGCUUGAAGUAUUUCAAAGAGCAACUUAUUCAAUGGAAAGUCAAUAAUGUGGAUUGUGCAAUACUAUUUGGCAACAUGGAUGAAGUCGCCAAUUUAUCAGAGAGAUUGCUUAGAAAACUCGAAGUUGCUGUCAGAGAUGUGAACAUAAUGGAACAAAUGAUUGGAACGUGUUUUGUUGGUUUUUCUCAUGAAAUGACUGUCAUAUAUGGAAAAUAUUGCAGCACACAUGACGAAGCCAUUGCUUUUCUCGAAAAAUCCUCUGAUGACGAAGAAAUACAAAACUAUUUUAGAAAAUGUUUAUUGUCAAUAAGGGACCUUUCAAACUGCUGGGAUCUGUCUUCUUUUCUUAUUAAACCUGUUCAGAGAAUUUUGAAAUAUCCACUUUUGUUGAACGAACUUCUUAAAAAUACUCCUGAUCAGCAUCCAGACAAGGAUGGUUUAGUCAAAGCAAUUGAAGCAAUGUCAAUUGUUGCAAAUAAAGUAAACGAAGUCAAAAGAAGGAAAGAACUGGUGCAAAAAUACCAGAAGGUUGAAGAAUCUGGAUUAACUGGAAUGUUUCAAAAAUUUACUUGGCAUUCUGUGGUUAAAAAGUCUUCGAGAAUCAACCAAAUCACACAAUUUACUGGUCUUGUUUCACAGACUGUAGAUGAAGCAUUCAACGAAAAUGAAAAAUUGUUCCAUCAUAUCGAGAAGACUGCUAAGAAUUUUGUAAAGAACAUUGUGCAAUACCUUGACCUAUUCCAGAACUUUCACGAGAGCCAUGUGCAAAGCUGUAGAAACAUGAUCGAUUUCCUCAAGGAGAGCUAUACACAAAGAAAUAUUCAGGAAUAUGACACUGCCCAGCGAUACAUUGCAAAAGAGCUCGUUAGCAAAUUGAAAAAAAUUUUAGACGAAGAAGUUCUGACACCAUUGAAUAUUCUGCUUGAUCUUUUUCAACGUCCUAAUCGACUAAUACAGAAACGCCAUGAUAAAUGCUUAGAUUUCGACAGUUUGUCUCGCAAGAUUGAGAAAAUUAAAGAUCCUGAAAAACGCAAACAGACAAAAGAUGAAAUGGAUUUGGCGAAGAAAAAUUACGAAGCUUUAAAUACCCAGCUUCUUGACGAGCUGCCAUUGUUGAAUAAAAAGUCCUUGAAGUUUCUACAAACAUGUAUCACAAAUUUUGCUUGUGUUCACAAGAACUUUUAUCGUGAAGCAUUGGAUCAGUUUAGUCCUUCAGUUCAGCUUUCACUUCUAAAUUCUGGCGAUAAAAAUAUCAUCAGGACCUUUUACUCUAAUAGCAACGUUGACUCACAUGCUGUAUUUGAUAUUGCUUUUACACCUAAGAAAUCUCUUUCCAUCAGCAGACCUCUUCAGUACAGCCCCAGUCAGGAAGCCGUUAAUGGUGGAACUGUAAAUUCACGGAAAUUGAGCAGUGAUCUUGGUCGUGUCCGAAGGAACAGUCUUUCUUUGUCAACCAGUGGUCCUGGCUUGGUGAGGUCAAAACCGUUUGGCGCGGCAGAUAGUCGUUUAGUGAUGAAAAAUGCUGUAAAGAGUGAGAUGUCAAAUACUUAUAUUGUGAAGUUUUCCUUCUUGGCUGAAGCACCGGCAGAGCUCAGUGUUGAGAAAGAUAAUGUUGUGGAAGUUCUUCAGUACCACGAUGCUUCUGGUCAGAAAGAAUGGUGGAAAUGCAAAUAUAAUGGUAGGACUGGUUUUGUACCCUCAAGUUUUCUUGCACCAUUAUGAUUUUGUAUUAGUUAAUGAUCACAACAUGUUAUUCAAAGUUAAUGAUAGUAGUACAGGCUUUGUGAAGACCUUGUACUAUCUUAAAAAAGUUAAGGUGUAGAGAUACAAUUAUCUCCUGGCAGGAGCUUUAGUUCUGUCACAAAACAGGCUAAGGUCAGCACAUAGUUUUUUAUACCAAUCAUUUAAUAUGGUGUUUGUGGGAAUGUUUAUACACACUUGUAAUCCUUAACAUAGAAAAAAUAUUUACUGUUUUUUUAAGAUAAAAUUGGAAAUGUGUAAAGUAAGCAAUAUUUUAAUAUUUUUUAGUUUUAAUUUUUUAUGUAGUUCAUAUUGCAACAGAAUCAGUGUAAUAAUGAAAAAAUGAAAUAACAAAGUCUGGUGUUUGCAAACAAAAAGUUUUUUUAUAUAGUAUAUCAGUGUACUAAUAAUGGUAUUAUAAAGUCUUUCUUUAUGGAUUCAAUAAAAAUAAUUAUAGAUUAACUGUUUAAAAA